AUGGCGAGCCUCUACACACCAACCUUAACCUAUGAUCCCAUCACCGACCCUCAGGCUACACAGGCUACACAUUACCAGCUCGAGCGCUCGCCAGGUGACGGUUUCAUCUACGAGGCAAUGGCUGAUCCCCUGACCGGCACCGCGACCCCGUUCUACCAUUCCGACUCCCUGAUCAUCGCAACUGCGGGGUCGUUCCGCCACCAGAUGUUCUGCUACCCUGGUCCACGCGCGAGCUACGCGGUCUUCGUCGGGCCUGGAAACCCGCUCAACGAUGCCGAGACGCCCCUGGUGGCACCGCCGGGCGCCUUCUUGUCCUUGCAGCGGGGAGAUUUGACGGGUGCCGUGGUCGCAUUGAAGACCGUGGUGCACAUCGUUGAGAAGGGCUUGACGCCGUAUGGUCCUUUGAGGCGGGUGAUCAUCAAGACGGACUCGGAGUAUGUUGCCAAGGGAAGCACCGAGAGGAUGCUCACUUGGCUGAGAAAGGGCUGGAUCGGAUGCGGCGAGUCUCGGAUCCGGGACUGGGAUCUUUGGGAAGCUCUUCUGGCCCUGCUUGAAAUUGUUAAGCGCACCUGGAACGUGGAGGUGCUCUUCUGGUGGGUUCCAACAAACUGGAAUCGUGAUGCAAAAUCCUUGGCCGGUGAGGGCCUGAAGAUUCCACCUCCCAGACCGGUCCAGGACCGCCGGGGACGAAGAGCGGAGAUGACCAGCUCGGAAUCGCUCGGAUCGUGCUUUUAG